CCUUACCUUAGUAGAUGACAUAUUACAUAAAAGGUGUAUAAUGUGAGGAAAAUGGCAGAUAACACAUAUGAUGAAAUUGACGAUGAACAGAAAGAAAUUCGACAGAAAUUAAAGGCAGCUUUGUAUUACACCACAUUGAAGAUCAGUGAUGAGCUGGCCGAGGAGAAGGAAGUGACACUAAGUCGACAAGUGGUGGCCAGUAUUGCUGAAACAACAUGGAACCAGUGUCAGCAGUUUGCAGAGGAUCUAGAGAUGUUUGCCAAACACGCCAAAAGAAGCACAAUUAAUGCAGAAGAUGUUAAACUACUCACAAGAAGAUCACAAAAAUUGCACAAAUUUAUCUGCCAGAAGCAUGAAGCUUAUGUAGAAGAGAAGCAGGAGACAAGGAAGGCAAAGAAACCCAGGUCCAAGUCCUCCACCACCACGGAGACUUCUGGUUUACAGGCCGAGGAGGAUUCUAAUAUGGACUGAAAAUUAAUGCUAGUUCAAAAUUUAAAAAAAUCAUGAUGGAGAAGAAAAUUACUGCCCUAAAUUUUAUGGUUACAUUGUCAUUUACGGAGAUUCUGUUGGGCCCAAAAAAGUAUAUAGAGUUAUAUUAAUUUAAGUUGUGUUGAAACCUGAAAGAUUGUAUUUUACUGCACGAAAUGUCCAUCAACAUGUAUGUAAAUAUAUUCUAAUGCCUUAUGGGACAGAGAAGGAAAUACCUUUAGAAUUAGAAAUACCGGUAUUAAAGAUAAAAAAUCUUUGUGGGGGAACCCCAAUUUAUUGUGAAUCAAGAUGUAUUGAUUGUGCCAUAUGAGAAACAGAAAUACUGUAGUAGCUUACUAGCUUUUUGUCAGAUGAGAGCUAGUAUACUUAUACAAAAUGUUGCAAAUACAUUGUCAUUUUUAACAACAGCAUAUAUUAUAAAAUGGUAUGAUUCAUAGAUUUGACUCGUAAGAAUGUGAGCGUUUCAUGUUAUGAAAAAAAGGAUUCAUCGUUUUCUAUACCUAGCUGGACAGGUUACUUUUGAUCCAUCUUUGGCCUGUUUGUGAUACAUGAAUAUUUGACAAUGAUAGAGUAAGGCUGAAGUGGACUCCUA